AUGCGCUCCACGCCGCUCACCCUCCUCGCUUCCGCCGUAGCGCUGCCCCUCGUCGCCGCACAGACCCUGCGCGGCGACGGCUUCGCGCUUCUUUACCCGACCGCUCGCGACCUUGCCGACGAGUCCGGUCGUACUGGCUACUGCGCCCCUCGCAACACGACGUCGGGCACGCGCAUCCCCGUUCCCCUCAGCGGCACCUUCCCGCUCGUCCUUCGCGCCGGCGACAACUCGUCCAAGGCCGACGUGUCGGCGACGAUCAGCUGGGGCGAUGACCCGACGCCGUACGGUCCGUACGAGGGCAUCUUGCGCAACGGGACCGAGGUCGACAACGAGCUGUUCGACGAUUUGGACGGUCAAGGCAAAGGGCUCUACGACUGCUACGAGACGAACGUGCAAAGCCUCCUCCUUGACGUCGAGGGCGGCAACGUGACCGAGGGCGCGCUCGGCACGCUCAUCGUCUACUACGACGAGUCGGAUGGCCCGACGUGGACCCAGUGCUCGGACGUCGUCCUCGUCUCGAAUUAUACGCCGCCGGCGCAGUACCGCGAGUGCCCGGGGACGAGCGCAGCGCACCGGGCUGCCUCGGCGAGCGGCAACGGCGCAGCUAUCGCGACGCUCCUUGCCCUGUCGGCCCUGUGGCUCGGGCAUUUCUGAUCCAACGUCAGUCCGUGCGCGAGGCCUCGAAACGUUUCUCGACGUCGCUCUGUGUAAAUAGCGCUUCUCGUCCUCUCUCUGUCCAUAGUCGGUGCAACGAGCUUGAAUUCAGGCG